AAACGGCUAAAAAAAAUCAAGUCUGCUAGUUAUCAACUUGUUCUCAGUAUUAACUUGUAUCAUGGGAGGAAGCAGAAAUGGCCAUAUUAUUACUGGCACGCCUAUUGCAGUGGAUUUUUGGAAAAUUUCAGAAUGUUCGUUUGUCAAGUUGUUUUUCCUAACCCAUCUUCAUGCUGAUCACAUAAUGGGACUGAGCAAGAGUUGGUGCUUCCCCAUCUACACAUCUCCUGUCAAUGCUAGCCUGCUCCCAUUGAAAGUUACAGGUUUGGACCCUACUCUUGUGAAACCUUUGCAGUUGUAUGAAGAGCAUCUUAUCCCAGUUUGUAAAAGUCAAACCUCAUCCACCACUGUUACUGUGACUCUUUUUGAAGCUAACCAUUGUCCAGGUGCAGUAAUGUUCUUGUUUCAAGGAGAAUUUGGAAAUGUGUUGUAUACAGGUGACUUUCGUUACAAGCCAGAAAUUUUGAAUGUAAAACUACUACCAACUAUUGACAUACUAUAUUUAGACAACACCUACUGUUCUCCAGAAUGUAUGUUUGAAACUCAGGAGGAGGCAACACGAACAGUGGUAGAAAAAGUUAAGGAGUUACUGGAGGAGAACAGAAAAAUUUUAAUUGGCAUAGAUAGUCUUGGAAAAGAGAAUCUUCUUUUAAGCAUCUUUGAGGAAACAGGUUGUGAAAUAAGUGUCACGGAAGAAAGGAUGAAAACAUUGAAAACUUUAGACAUUAGUCAUAUUGCAACACAUUUAGAUUCUAAAAUUAUGGCAGUUCCAACACAAAUAAUCAAUGCCAAGACCAUGAUGCAUUGGAAUAAAGUAUGCCCUACUUCUGCCAUUUUACCAACAGCUAGAUUUGUUGGAUGUGGAUCAGAUCCUUAUGUCAAUUACAAAGAUAUUUACGUUGUCCCGUAUUCAGAUCAUUCUUCUUUUUCAGAGCUUAGGUUGUUUGUUGAUCUUGUUCACCCACAUUCAGUUGUGCCUAUUGUCCCUAAAGAUGCUAAAGGUGUGUUUGGCAGAGACAUAUCUGAUAGAGCAGAUAUGAGUGUAUUUUGUGCAUUACUGAGAAAAGAAAGAACUGAUGCUGAAGAGUAUUGGAAAGAUUCUGAAGAUAACUUCAGUGUUGACGGCUCAGGAGACUGCAUAGGUCCAGAUUUCAGAUUAAAGAUUCAGCAAAAAACAGCAACAAAUGCUAGUCUUACAACAACCAAUGAAGUUGAGGUUAAAAGUGACUGUGAGAGAACAUCUGAAAGUGUACAUUCAUGCAGUAGUGAUGAAGAAGACACUGUGUGGGAAGUGCUUCGUUUAAAUGGGACCAGCCCUAUCCCAGAAGUAAGGUAUUUUACUCGAAACCCUUUUGGGAUUCGCUUUAAAAAAAAAUAAUCU